GCGCUCCUUCCAGAGCCCAAGGACUUACAGCUGCCUCCGCUGCCUUCCUUUGCCAACGACCCCCCAAAAGUUGUGAUGCUUUUCUUUACCCAGUGCUUCGGAGCUGUGUUAGAUCUCAUUCACCUCCGCUUUCAGCACUACAAGGCUAAACGGGUUUUCUCCGCUGCUGGGCAACUUGUCUGCGUGGUAAACCCCACGCACAACCUAAAGUAUGUGUCCAGCUGUCACGCGGUCACUCAGAGUGCACCAGAGCAAGGCGGCUACCCCCAUCACCACCUCAGCCGCCACCACCGCCACCACUGCUCCCACCACCACCUCCUCCACCAUGUCCACCCUCGCCACCUCCGCCAUGAGGAGUCAGAGCUACAUGCUGCCCAGAUGACCCCCUGCAUGUGCCCCUUGUUCUCCUGCCAGUGGGAAGGCCACCUAGAGGUGGUGGUGCCCCACCUGCGGCAGACGCACAGGGUUGAUAUCCUUCACGGAGCUGAGAUAGUUUUCCUGGCGAUGGACAUGCAUCUCCCUGCUCCAGCUGACUGGACCAUCAUGCACUCUUGCCUCGGCCACCACUUUCUGCUGGUGGUUAGGAAACAGGAGAGGCAUGAAGGGCACCCCCAGUUCUUUGCCACCAUGAUGCUGAUUGGGACCCCCACCCAGGCCAACUGUUUCACCUACCGCCUGGAGCUCAACAGAAACCAUCGGCGUCUCAAAUGGGAGGCCACGCCACGAUCAGUCCUUGAUUGUGUGGACUCAGUGAUCACUGACGGGGACUGCCUCGUCCUCAACACCUCACUGGCCCAGCUUUUUUCUGACAAUGGCAGACUUGCCAUUGGAAUCAUGAUCACUACGACAGAGGUCUGCUCCUCAGAAGCUAAGAUGUGA